UUGUGGUAAAGAAGUGGUGGGCUCUUUUUUGAGCAUACGGAAAAUAGAUUUUUCUUGUAAUGUGAGCUUCAAAAUUUGGGGCAUUAGCACCAUGACGUUGGCAGCUGUCCACUGUUUUUGAGAGGGACUAUGAUUUUUCCCGUACUGGUGAACAAGGGGAUAUUGACAUGAUGUAGCUCUUGUAAAAGUUUGUUUUCGCCGUUUACAGAGGAGUGUUGUGUGUUAGUCAUCGUUGUACGAAUGUGCGUAACUGCCAGCAAGGUAUGGAUGUGUGUGAACAACUUGAAAAAUAUGAUAGAGACUGUAGUGCUUCGCCAAACGCUGCCACUCCCACCGAGAAGAGUUCUGAGGGUGACUACCCAACCGAAGAAACUGAACAGCUGGGCUCCGUUACACUUAGCCAGGAGUCUGAUGGAACACCCACAGGUCUGCAGAUACGGUCCAGUGCGCGAGUAUCAAAGAAGAUGCGACUUGAUUCCAUUCCGCAGUCAGUUCCUGUUGUCUCUGUGGCGCCUGUUUCUGUACCUUCUGCUUCUGCUGUCGCUGUCGAAAAGAAAGCUAUAUCGACAAAUGUCACAGAUCAAAGUAAAGAUGAUGAUAAGCAAGAUGGUAAACAGACCACAGAGCCGAAACCAAAACGGAAACCAUCUGAACUGUGGUCACCUGAAGAUAAGAAUACAUUUUUUGAAGCACUCAAUGAAUAUGGAAAGGAUUUUGAUGCUAUCCAAAAUUACUUUGCUAUGAAAGCAAGGAAACGAGGAAAUCCUGAACUAGCUAAGAACAAGGACCAAGCAAGACAUUUUUAUUAUCGAACAUGGCAUAAGGUUUCAAAACAUCUGAAAUUCCCUGAAGGAAUUCAAAAAGUGACUCAGGAACUUUAUGCUCUCAUUAACUAUGGAGAGAUGCGCAAAAAGUUAAGUUGCAUUACUGAGAAGACAUCUGUGAAAUUGAAUGAGCUAAUUAGCAAAGGUCACACCCUGAUACGGCUCCGUGGAAAGACAAUUCGUAUCCGCACUCCACUGUGCCGAGCUCUGCGCAGGCUUAAUCAUCUUGAUGAACUUCAGGAUGAGUUGAAAUUGCCUAACCGUGUGAUAGUGGAGUUGCGUCCUCGUGACAGCAAAUCGUGGGCCCGUGUGCAGUCUGUUGCACAAAACCCUCGGGCUCGCACCAGUUUACCUCUUCAAAGACGUCUUUCCACACUAGUCAACUACCUUCAGUAUAGGUGGCGACCAGAACAUUUGAAGCAUAGAGAUCGUCUUCUCUCUUCAGUUAAUGCAGAAGAACUAUCACAACCAGUUGCAGAUUAUUGCAAAGAAGAAGAACCUCUACUGAGGUUGGCACCUCCACCAGAAACAGUCAUCAGCACUCCUUCCAUAAACCUCAGUGAGUAUUUGACGUCUUCAAUACUCUGCCUCAGUGCCUAUGAGGAACGCCUAGCUAACUGGCCUUCGGAUCCGGCUACAGUAAAGACUGCUGGUGGUGCAAAGAAGGCAGCAAAGCGAAAUACAAAACAAAAGGAUGUGGCUCCAGUCGUUUCAAAUGCUGCUAGUCAGUCGGAAGAAAGGCAGUCGGCAUCUGUAUCAAAUCCUGACCCAGCAGGCAUACAUGAUGAGAAUGCCUGUGAUGUCGACAGUGGACAUGAUUCACCUGCACCCAGUAGUCCCACACACAUGGCUAUUAACAAUAUUCUGUCAUUGCAGCAAGAGGGAAGCCCAUUGGCUGCGCAUAGUCCAUCACAGCCAAGUGAUAAAAGCAGUGUAUUCACCGAGGCAACAGAUGCAGAUGUCAUGGAGUGUUCGCCACCAGCUGAGCAACUUGAUAACAAAGAAGACCUCUCCAAAGUAAUAGAAAGUAUGUCUGAGGUAAGCUCUCAGAAAGAUUGCAAUGCUGCAGUGGGAGAGCAGACAGAGUCCAAAGAGGAUUCCUCAAAGCCACAAGAAAAAGUUCGUGAAGGAUGGACACAGAAGGAUGCUCAUGCUGUUACUAUAGGGGAACUUUACCUAAUGUUUGGCAGUGAAGGUAAAAUACAAUUGGAGUACUGGUGGGAGGAAUCCACACCUUAUGUAAAGGUUGAACCUGCUACUGAAGUGGAAAGUGCAGUACAGUCUUCCAUAUCUGCAGGAAGUCCAGUGACACUAAUCUUACAGAAACUUCUGUCGAUUGCAAAAUUGAACUACAAGAAGAGCAAGGUAGCAUGCCCCUGUGGACAUAUAUGUGGUCUCCCAAACAAACUGCCAACAGUAACUAAGACAAGGUUGCCACAGAAGACGAGACCUGUUGUAACUACUCCCGUUGACAGUGCAGAGCAAAAACACAGUACAGGGUUGUUGGUACCUGAAGCAAGUGUGUCAAGGCCUCACCUGCUUGCAACUACAGCAGGUGUGACCAGCUUGCACGAUGGCGUUUUCCGCAGACCACUGUUGGCACCAUCACGAUACAGAAUGCUGCCAAAGCACUGCUCGGGUCUUGUAGAUACCAAACCUCAAUUAGAAAAAUUUCAAUUACGAUAUUGCAAUCGUCGAGGGAGGUCAGUUCGCCCCAAAAAUGUGGUGGUACAACGUAUGCUUCCACUGCUACCAAAGGCUCCAAGUGGUCAUUCUGUGGUAACUCUAAAUGUCAUACAGCAAACCAGUCAAUUACCUGGUGAAUUUUUGCCUUUCACUACAACAACACCCACGACUGCAGUUCAACAUUCUACAUGUCAUCCUGUCCUCCUCAAGCCACAACCACAACAGACAGAAACAGUGUGCUUGCCUGAUCUCACAGCUGCAACAGUUCCAGUUACUGCAGUUACCACACCAGCAAGCACAGCAGACAUGUGUGCAGCCCUCCCUGUGGAACCUACAGUUCUGUCAGCAGAGCCCACUCCAAACACAGAUGAUUUGUCAGGUCUGUUGAGUCUUGAUCUCUCAACACCACCUCCAACACCAGCACCUGUUUCUGCAUCAUCACCUCUUAUAACAAUUGCAGAUGGUAUUGACAUAGCAAAGAAUGAUCACCAGUUGUCACCAACUACUACUGCAUUACCUAAUGGAUUUUCUGAUGAGUGUGAUCCCACUGCACCCACUGGCUUUGGGGGUGGCCUGCUUCCAGCAGAUGAUGUCUUGGAGACGUCUUCAACAAGAUCACUGCCCAGUCCCACAAGGAUCCUUAAGGAGGAUGACAACCAAUGGCUUAAUUCUGAGGUUGCUGAUUUCUCUUUGAGCAGUUUUCUUGGCCACCUAGAAUCUCCAAUGAAGAAUCCAUGUGUUGGAACAGUUGUUCCAGUUGGAGAAGAAUCACGUAUGUCAUCAGAUGUGGAAGCACAGUUGCAGUGUUUGAUGAGUGAAAAUAGUGUGGAUUACAUGGCAAAGUUUGCUGACCUGGCUGCUCAGAUAGCAUCUGAUGGAGCUGUUAGUAAAAAAUAAAUGUCUGUGUUAAAGUUGCACAAAC